CCCACCACGAGUUCUCUCUGCCACAGGUCUGACAGAGUCAGUUAACGAUGUUCCCGAGCUGAGCCGCAGGAUUGGGAUGGAUCAUGAUUCCCACAGGGAAGAGAAGGUUUUACCUCCAAGCAGUCUGGAAGGCCAGGCCAAGGACGCAAUGCACAAUGCCUUUUGGGAUCACCUUAAAGAGCAGCUGUCAGCUACGCCCCCAGACUUCAGCUGUGCUCUUGAACUUCUGAAAGAAAUUAAAGAGAUCUUGCUGUCGCUGCUGUUGCCACGCCAGAGCCGCCUGAGAAGUGAGGUGGAGGACGCUCUGGCCGCCGACCUGCUGCAGCGGGAAGCGGAGCGCGGGGACCUGAACAUCCCCCGUCUCUCCAAGUGCGUCCUCAGCAUGAUGACGCUGCUGUGCGCGCCGGUUCGGGAUGAGGCCGUGCAGAAGCUGGACGGCAUCACAGACUCCGCUCUGCUCCUGAGGGGGAUCUUCCAGGUUCUGGGCCUGAUGAAGAUGGACAUGAGGAACUACACGCUGCAGAGCCGCCAGCCCCACCUGCGGGAGCACUCCAUCCUGCACGAGCGGGCGCAGUUCCAGGAGCGCCUCAGCAGGCCUCCUGGACCACACGACCAAGUGCAGCUGCGCCCCCUCACCGUCCUGGCCUCCGUCCUGCUGGUGGCCAGCAGCUCCUGCGGCAGCGUCCUGUUCGGCUCCCCGCAGUUCGUGGACAGGCUGAAGCGCAGCGCCCACGCCCUCACCGAGGACUUCGAUUCCAGGCCCGAGGAGGCCAUGCUGGCUGUGAGCGAGCAGGUGUCUCAGGAGAUCCACCAAAGCCUCAAGAGCAUGGGCCUCGCUCCUCUGAGCAGCGACAACACAGCCUCUCUGAUGGGACAGCUCCAGGACAUUGCCCACGCGCAGAACUGUGUCCGCAGCGUCAUCGAUCAGCGGAUCCACCUGUUUCUCAAAUGCUGCCUGGUUCUCGGAGUGCAGCGCUCUCUGCUAGACCUCCCCGGGGGCCUCUCUCUCAUUGAGGCAGAGCUGGCAGAACUGGGCCAAAGGUUUGUCAACCUAACGCACCACAAUCAGCAGGUGUUCGGCCCCUACUACACGGAGAUCCUGAAAACCCUCAUCCCCCUGGGCCAGGCCCCGCAAACAGGAGUGGAGUCCCUCUGAUGGACCAGCCCUGAGCCCUGGCGCCCUGAUCCAGGAGAGAAGCCCAUCGUUUUCCUGGGUGACAUCACAGAGAUUAGCCCAGCAGCAGCCUCCCUCCCUCCUGCAGCCAGUACCAGCGCUGUAGUGACCACACAUGUAAACACCAGCG